AUGGAGUACAACACCUGGUCAGAUCUCCCCGACGACCUCCUCCGCCUCGUCUACGCCAAGGUCGUCGGCUUGCCCCAACGCGUCCGCUUCGCAGCCGUCUGCGCAUCGUGGCGAGAUGCGGCGACCGGGACAUGCCAUGAGGCGCCGCCGGCCCUACCAUGGCACAUCUCAUCCUCUGACGACAGGAUAGUGCGCAUGUUCUGCCCAGAGGACUGCGAGGAGCUCCACGCCCGGCUCCCGCGCGCAGCGCUGCUCAAGCGGUUUGUGAGAGCUCACGACGGCGGCUGGAUCGCCACGCUCACCCGCAUCCGCAAGCACCUGACGCUAGUUGUCAUCAACCUCCUCUCCGGCGUCGAGGUGCCACUAUCUAUGAAGCAGGGAAAGUUUGUCCCUUCAGGCGACCGCGAGGGACGACCAGGCGACAUCCAAAAGAUAGUCUUCUCCAAAGCACCCACGUCGGACGGUUGCAUCCUCGUCGCUCUCACAUAUUCAUCCGGUAUCGCGCUCUGCCGUGUUGACUGCCCGGAGGAAGAGGGGUGGAUCAUGACACAAGAACAAUCGAGGUUAGCAGAUAUCACUCUCUGCAAUGGAGAACUCUAUGGCCUCACCAUCAUGAAGAAAUUGAAGGAAUUGGUCAGGUUCGACAUCACCGAAAAGAUGGAGCGUGAACCCUCGGUUUACAGAAACCGCUACGGCUACACAGCCCCUGCACCUAAAAACCACAUGUUCGAUAUGGGUGGAAAGCUUGCAAUGGCGAAAACAUGGUGGUCACGGGGAUGCAACGACAAGGCCAUGCUUUCGGUCGAGGUCCUUGAGCUCGCCUACGACGGCCAAGAAAACACGCCAAAAGGAUUUAAAUGUGGAAGACCUGACGCGUAUAGGGCACAUGAAGUCAUGAAGUAA